AUGGCCGAUUCAGCAACUGAUCAUCCUGUCAAUGGACACUCCGUUGACACUCUCAAAGGCAGUACGUUUGCUAUUAAAGCUAUACUCUCCCAUGCCAAGGCGGCUUACAACCAGAUCGCAUCAGGCCCCGUUGCUCAGAACGUGAAGGAUCAGAGUGCGAAGACAACUGCCGAAUUCUCCAACCUGGCCAACGCCCGCCAGACACCCUCAAACCCUGCUGCUACUGGUCAGGACUUAACCACUUAUCAUUCGUUCUUCUCUGAGCUGUUGUCAUGGAACAACCCCCGAGCUUCCGCCAUCGCCUAUGCUUCCGUUGUCUCGUUGAUCUUCGUGGCUAGAUACCUCGAUGUCGUUCGAUAUACCUUUAAGCUCACGUGGAUGGCCCUGGGCGUUACCGUCCUUGCCGAAGCCGUUGGCAAGGCCCUCAUUGGUAAUGGUCUAGCCACCCAGCUCCGACCGCGCAAAUACUACACGGUCCCUCGCGAGACACUCGAGGCUCUGAUUGGUGAUGUCCACGCCCUCAUCAACUUCUUCGUAAUUGAAUCCCAGCGAAUCUUUUUUGCCGAGAACGUCGCCACAUCAGCUGUCGUUGCCUUCGGAGCAUUCCUGUCGUAUUACCUCGUCAAGAUCGUUCCCUACUGGGGCCUUGCGUUGGUAGCCACCACCUUGACGUUCUUCGUACCCUUGAUCUACAGCACCAACCAGGAACUUAUCGACCACUACCUUAAGCAAGUCUCGGAUGUGAUCAACAGCCAGACUGAGCAGUUGCGCCAAGUCGCUACCAAGCACACUUCGCAAGCAACGGAAAUUACGAAGCAGUACAUGGGUGACUACACCGCUAAGGCUCAGCAAAUGCUUCGCGGCCGUUCAACUUCCCCCGCGACAGCACCGAAGACGGCUCAGUCUAAUCUUAGGGAGUCUGACUUCCCCAAAGCUCCCAAGGAAGACAUCAAACACGAGGAGGAGUCUUCCGAGUCCGAGAGUGAGGACGAGCCCUUGGUCCAUGCUUAA